AUGUUGCCCUAUAUAGACAGCUUGUUCGAGAUCCCUGCGCAGCUCACAGGCGCCUCGGUAGAUGAGCUCAAGCUGAUCGGCUCCUUCCUCCUCUCCUACCCACUGGCCGCUCUGUUGAAGCGAAUCCCCGACGCCCAGCCAUGGAAAAAGAAUGCCUUUAUCAUCGGUGCUUCGCUCUUCUACAUUAUCGGUCUUUUUGGUCUCUGGGAUGGACUUCGGACACUCCUGUAUAGCGCGGCUGGAACAUACGCUAUUGCAUACUAUGUGGACGGCUCGCUGAUGCCCUGGAUCGGUUUCAUCUUUUUGAUGGGACACAUGUCGGUCAGCCAUAUCUACCGCCAAAUGGUCGACGAUGCGCAGGUAGUUGACAUCACGGGAGCACAAAUGGUGCUCGUGAUGAAGCUAUCUUCCUUCUGCUGGAACAUUCAUGAUGGCCGUCUACCGCAGGAACAGCUCUCUGAUCCCCAGAAGUACUCAGCCAUUACUCAAUUCCCUAGCAUCUUGGACUACGCUGGUUAUGUCCUAUUCUUCCCGUCGCUGUUUGCCGGCCCCUCUUUUGAAUAUGUCGACUACCGUCGCUGGCUUGAUACCACCUUGUUUGACACCCCACCGGGCACUGAUCCAUCCAAGGUGCCUGCGACGCGCAAGAAGCGCAAGAUUCCCCGGAGCGGUACCCCGGCGUUCAAGAAGGCCAUGGUCGGACUGGCUUGGAUCGGUGCAUUUGUCUACCUGGGUGGAAUCUUCAACACUGACUUCGUGUUGUCGGACGAGUUCUUGAAGUACGGUUUCCCGCGCCGCAUAGUCACUGUCUAUUUGCUUGGCUUCACCUCUCGCCUGAAGUACUACGGUGUCUGGUCCCUCACAGAGGGUGCCUGUAUUCUGUCCGGUCUGGGCUACAAUGGCUUUGAUGCCAAGUCCGGCAAGGUGUUCUGGAACCGCCUGGAGAACGUCGAUCCUUGGGGUCUGGAGACUGCCCAGAAUUCGCACGCCUACCUAGGUAGCUGGAACAAGAAUACCAACCACUGGCUGCGCAACUAUGUCUACCUACGUGUCACUCCUAAGGGUAAGAAGCCUGGAUUCCGCGCUAGCAUGGCAACCUUCGCUACCAGCGCUCUCUGGCACGGCUUCUACCCGGGCUACUACAUGACGUUUGUGCUCGGCUCGUUUAUCCAGACUGUGGCCAAGAACUUCCGUCGCUAUGUGCGCCCUUUCUUCUUGACCCCCGACGGCUCCAAGCCCAUGCCCACCAAGCGCUACUACGAUAUCUUCAGCUGGGCUGCUACUCAGCUUACUCUCGGUUUCGCAGUGAUGCCAUUCAUCAUCCUUGGCUUCAGUGACUCCAUGGCCGUUUGGUCUCGUGUCUACUUCUACGGCAUCAUCGGAACCUUUACAUCGCUUGUCGCCUUCGCCUCUUUCUCCCCACUCAAGGCCGUUCUGGUCUCCAACCUGAAGCGUCGCAACCGGCCUCAUGUUAUGCGGACCGUCAGUCAGGAGGCUGUUGGAGCCCCGACAUUGGGUCUACCGAAUGAUCCUGAGCGUGACUUUGAUGAGGCCGUUCAGGAGAUCAUGACGGAGAUUGAGUCUCGACGUCGUCGUGGCAGUGUGGUCACCAUGCCCAGCGGAGAGGAACUUAAGAUUGCCGUCGAGCAGAAAAUUGGCCGUAAGCUGUAG